AAUAAGAAGAUAAAAUCCGUGACCCGGAAGUACAUAGUUAUCCUUGCUUGCUUCACAGUGGUCGCUGUUAUUGACAGUUAUUUAAAGAAUACGAUGGUAUUUGACUGGUAAACAAUGUAAUCAAGAGGGGGUUAUCCAAUCACGGAUUGUCAGAAACACAUGGCAAGCAACUUGAAAUUUUGUUUUUGAGGCGCACCAUGGCAGCUCGCUCAAGCUACAAUGAAGAGAGGAAUCUCCUUCGCAUCCGAGAGUGGGAGAGGCGAAACCAGGAAGGCCUCCAGGAGAAGGAGUUCUACCAGGAGAACGUUCCCCUCUUUGGGGAACCCUACAAGACAAACAAAGGAGAUGAGCUUUCCGGCCGUAUACAGAGGAUGCUGGGUAGUUAUGAAGAUGUGAAAAACCCCAACUCUCAUCUGUGUUUGGACAGUAGCUUCUCUAAUGACCCUUCAUCUCACGUCACCACAACAUAUAGGCGGCCAUCUCACAGCCGAGACAGAGUGAAGCCUCCAUUCCAGAACACUCCUCUGUACAGGGCAGGCCGGAGUGGUAGUGGUGGUCCCUCCAUUAGCAGUCAAACUUCUCAGCCUCUGAAGAGGCUCCCUGGUCCCUCCUCCCACACCCAGUCCUCACUGGGUCUCAGUCAAGGCCAGGCCAGCCCUGAUCCCAUCCAGGGGAAAGCUGAACCCUGCCCCUGGCCAGACCUCAGGGAGUGUGCCAGUCUUACUCCGGUCCUCUCCACCCUAACCCCCCCAGCUGAGCCCCUAUCCCCCCUACAUUCCAGUGACCCCAGCGACUCUGAGCACCAGGACACCCCCGACAGGCACCAAGGAUCCCCCCUGCACCCCGAGAGGCACCCCGCCUCCCCUGUCCCCAUGGAGGGGUCCCGUCUUGAUGACCCCCAGAGAGACAUCCCACUUCUGGCCAUCGAGGGAGCAACAACCGUGCCCUCUCAGACAUUCCCUCUACCACUAGCCUCUAAACUAAACCUGGUCAUGCCCCAGAAGCCCACAGCCUACGUCCGGCCCAUGGACGGCCAGGACCAGGUGACCAGCGAGUCUCCGGACUUCAAGCCCUCUCCUGAAGGCUUCCAUGGACAGUCUUAUCAUGAACCAUUACCAGACUUGAAAAGCACCAAGCCCAGCCUUUCCAAACUGAAGAUUCCAUCACACUCUAUAGAGACUCUGUCAAAUGAAGCUCACUGUGUGGAGGACAUUCUGAGGGAAAUGACCCACUCCUGGCCUCCUCUCCUGACUGCCAUCCACACACCCAGCACAGCUGAGCCCUCCAAGUUCUCCUUCCCAGUCAAGGAAGCACAGCAUGUCCCACCUGCCUUUCCAGGACAAAAACACUAUGGAUCACCUCCACUAGCCCCUUCCUCCACACUCAUCUGUCAACAGAGCUCAUCUACGGUUGUAGCAACACAUUCCAGUGGGGUGGAGUCAGCCAGCUCCAAUGACUCCGAGAGCAGCUCAGGGUCAGACUCAGACAGUGAGAGCAGUGAGAGUGGGACAGAGGAGGCCCCACAACCCCUCAGGAGCAGCAGCCCACCAGUACCCAAGGCUGAAGGCCCCGUGGUGACUAACUGGCAGCUGAAUAACUGGAUCAGAGUGAGCCAGCAGAACCCCAUCACAGAGAGCCAGAGUGACACUGUCCAAAGCCCUCUACCGAAACAGCAGCAGAGCCAUGACUCAGAGGAGGCCAUUCCUCCCAGGGACUACAAAUCCCACACACCACCACAAUACCCAGAGUUCAGCGAUAGUGAAGCCAAACCUCCAGGCAGUGAGGACGUUGCCUGCAAACAGCAUGUCCGCCACAAGUCCCCGGCCGCCUCACAUGUUGGGGACAGCAGCAGCAGCAGCCAGAGAAAAACUGUGGGGAACAAACACCCCUCCAGACCAGUUAAGGCUCCCCGUCCUGAGGACUCCCAGGCUGGGCUGCGGGUGGAGAGUGUGGAGGUGGCCCCCCGCGACAAAGACCCCUCGUUUACAGACAGGCCAAAGGUCAAAACGAAAACCGGGCACAGCAGCAAGAGUGGCAGCGCCAUAACGGACAGUAAGAAGUCUGCCAAGCGCAACUCUUUGGUGAAGAGGAAGACUAAACUACCAGAGUCUGGAAGCAGUGGUCCCAAGAUGACUCUGAUGCUGGACUGUAAGAGGGAGAGGUCUCGCAGUCCCAGCCCUGCCCGGGUGUUGGAAACCUCCGUUAGUGUCAGGAAAGAGACCCUCCCGGCCCCUCAGAAGGGCCAGAAAACGCCCAGGAGCAAAUCUGCAGCUGCAGCACACCAGGCCAAACGGGAGUCCUCAGCCAAAGCUUCCAGGGCCCCCCAGGGACCUCCACAUGCCCUGCUGGUAAAGAUUGAGCUCAAUCUGCUGUCCAGGGUCCCUCCCCAGGGCUCCAGGCCUUCUCAGGGAGGCCAGGAACCAACCAGCAGGAAGAGACCCAACACAGCCCCAGAGAUUGGAGACGGCGACCCUGCUUUCCCCAUCACUACCAAAGUCUGCAAAAAGAGACCGGCUGAGAAGGAUGUGAAAUCCCUGCCAAGGAAGAAGCCAAAACUGGAGAAAGAUCGCAAGCACUCCUCUUCAUGUCCUGGUUCCUGCAAGUCUGCGACGCCCAAGAACCCUGGAGAGGAGGAGGAGGAGGAGAGGAAGCGGUCUAAGAAGGGGGCUUCUGUCCCUCUGCAAGACCCUGGGAAAGAGCCGGGGGUGCGCAAACGGCAUGCAGGGGAGGCCCCAGAGCCCAACGCUGCCUCAGCAGCCAAAAGCAGGGACAGGGAGGCCUCCACCCCCGUCAAACACAAGAAGGGCACUGGGAAACGACACACAGAGCAUUCCAGGACUGGCAAGGCCCCCAAGAGCAGCUUUGCCUUCUCUGUGCCUGCCCAGCCCACCGGGGGUUCCCUGUCCUCCAGACCCCUGCUCAAGGUCGAGGACAGGCAGCACCCAGUGGAGUAUCAUAUGAAGGAAGCCAAAAAACUCAAGCACAAAGCAGAUGCCACGUCUGAUAAGGUGGGCAAAGCUUUCAACUACCUCGAUGCUGCCAUGUCCUUUGUGGAGAGCGGCAUCGCUAUGGAAACCGAUCCCCAUACCCCGAAGUCGGCAUAUACGAUGUUCGCUGAAACCUUGGAUCUGAUCAGGUUCAUACUGAAACUGAAGGGUUCUGUGGACCCCUCUGCCCCUGUUACAGACAAGGAUUUUACAAUUUUAUGUAUGAGGUGCCAGUCCCUUCUACAGAUGGCCAUGUUUCGCUACAAAAGAGAAACGGCACUUAAGUAUUCAAGGACCCUCACAGAUCAUUUCAAGAGCUCCUCCAAGUCUGCAGCUCCCUCCCAAUGUGUCUCAAAAAGCACGGGCACACCAUCCCCCAUGUCUCCCAUGCCGUCUCCUGCCAGCACAGCCAGCUCUGGGCCAGGCUCCAACCACAGCAGUGGGGUGGGGAUGGGCAAUGUGAGCACUGUGGCCAUUCCCCAGGUCAUCCAGCAGGUGGCAUCGUCCUACGUCAACAUCACAGCACUCUUUCUGAGUGCUCACGACAUCUGGGAGCAGGCUGACGAGCUGGCACACAGAGGCAGUGGUUUGUUGUCUGAGCUGGACUCAGCUCUGGGCCAGUUGAGCCUGACCUCCACCAUGAGCUCUCUGGUGCGUCACACACGGCAGGGACUGCAGUGGCUCCGACUGGACACCUGCGAGACACGGUGACCGUUUCUCAACCCCACCCAGCACUACACAGCCCUGCUUACUCCUGCCUACAGUACCCAGCCCUGGAUAACCCUGUCCAGGACAUCCUAUUUGGCUUUAUUUAUUGACGGGCCAUCAGAUGAAAGCAGGAUCCCAAGUCCCUCUACAAGUUGUUCACAUGGAUACAAAGUCACCUUGUAUUAAAUUUUUCCCAACUACCUAUGAAACUGAAGUUCAGAGACCCUGUGUCACACACACACUUUCGGGUCCUCGUCCUCUGUUGGUCACAUGGAUGGGUCCAUUAACAAAACAACUAUCACAUCCACCUCUGGAUCUCUGGAGGCAGCAGGGCCUGCUAGAGCUGUAGUGAGCUGAAUGAGACUAUCCCUUUCUGAAUAACUUGUCACACAGCCAACUGACUGUGGCCUGGCCACCCCUCUGGGUCCUGUCUACCCUGGGGGUUAGACAGUGGAAAGGUUGGCUGAAGAACUGACUUUUGCGAGGGGUCAAAGAGUCCUCCCAGCCUUCUCCUGUGGUAAUGGAAAGCAGUGCUGAUAAAAAGCUUAUUUAUUAGCCUUAUUAUAUUAUCAUUAUUACUAUUAAUAUAUUGUUUCAGUAAAAUUGUUUGAUCAAAAGCGGUGUGAUGACUAAUAUUUACUUCACCCAGCUGAAAAGGCCUAUAGAACUACAGGUAUCCAUCCAUCCCAGACCCAUCCAUAAUAAUAGUAAUAAUAUUAUUGGUCAACUCCUGCGGAAUAUAACGAGUAUCUCUGGGCUCCAUAAAGUAUUUUUAAAUUGGUUUUGCCCUGAAAAAUUGACAUGCCAGAAGAUGGCCCUUGACACUUUCUGUGAAUAUGUAUGUUAUUAUUCUAACCUUUUCUCUUCAAAGGAGAUUGACUCUACCUGCCAGGACGUGUCCACUAUGUUAAUUCAGUCAUAACAGAAAUACAGUGCAUUCGGAAAGUAUUCAGACCCCUUGAGUUUUUAGACAUUUUGUUACAUUAAAGCCUUAUUCUAAAAUGGAUUACAUUUUUUUUUCUCAUCAAACUACACACAAUACCCCAUAAUAGCGAAGCAAAAACAAGUUUAUAUAAAUGUUUGCAAAUUUAUAAUAAAUUUAAAAAAUGAAAUCACAUUUACAUAAGUAUGCACACCCUUUACUCAGUACUUUGUUGAAGCACCUUUGGCAGCGAUUACAGCCUCGAGUCUUCUUGGGUAUGAUGCUAUAAGCUUCGCACACCUGUAUUUGGGGAGUUUCUCCCAUUCUUCUCUGCAGAUCCUCUCAAGCUCUGUCAGGUUGGAUGGGGAGCGUCGCUGCACAUCUAUUUUCAGGUCUCUCCAGAGAUGUUUGAUCGGGUUCAAGAACCAGCUCUGGCUGGGCCACUCAAGGACAUUCAGAGACUUGUCCCAAAGCCACUCCUGCAUUGUCUGGGUUGUUUGCUUAGGGUCGUUGUCCUGUUGGAAGGUGAACCUUCACCCCAGUCUGAAGUCCUGAGUGGUCUGGAGCAGGUUUUCAUCAAGGAUCUCUCUAUACAUCUUUCCCUCAAUCCUGACUAGUGUCCCAGUCCCUUGUCGCUGAAAAACAUGGGAUGGUGCCAGGUUUCCUCCAGACGUGAUGCUUGGCAUUCAGGCCAAAGAGUUCAAUCUUGGUUUCAUUAGACCAGAGAAUCUUGCUUCUCAUGGUCUGAGAGUCUUUAAUUGCCUUUUGGCAAACUCCCAAGUGGGCCUUCAUGUGCCUUUUACUGAGGAGUGGCUUCUGUCUGGCCACUCUACCAUAAAGGCCUGAUUGGUGGAGUGCUACAGAGAUGGUUGUCCUUCUGGGAGGUUUUUCCAUCUCCGCAAGAGGAACUCUGAAGCACUGUCAGAGUGGCCAUCGGGUUCUUGGUCAUCUCCCUGAACAAGGCCCUUCUCCCCUGAUUGCUCAGUUUGGCUGAGCGGGUAGCUCUAGGAAGAAUCUUGGCAGUUCCAAACUUUUUCCAUUUAAGAAUGAAUUAGGCCACUGUGUUCUUGGGAACCUUCAAUGCUGCAGACAUUUUCUGGCACCCUUCCCCAUAUCUGUACCUCGACACAAUCCUGUCUCGGAGCUCUACAGUCAAUUCCUUCAACCUCAUGGCUUGGUUACAUGCACGUUCAACUGUGGGAAAGUUGUAGAUCCAAGUUGUAGAAACAUCUCAAUGGAAACAGGAUGCAACUGAGCUCAAUUGCGAGUCUCAUAACAAAGGGUCUGAAUACUUAUGUAAAUAAGGUAUUUCUGUUUUUUAUUUGUAAUACAUUUGCAAAAAUGUCGACCUGUUUUCGCUUUGUCAUUAUGGGUUAGUGUGUAGAUUGAUGAGGAACAUUUUUUAUUUAAUCAAUUUUAAAAUAAGGCUGUAACCUAACAAAAUGUGGAACAAGUUAACGGUUCUGAAUACUUUCCGCAUGCACUGUAUGCUUUGAUUUGAGUUGGAUUCUGAACUUAAGUUCCUUUUAUCAACAAUAAAUGAAUCUACAACAUUUUAGAUAAGAAGCAAAAUAGUCUGAUGCAGUACAGUUUUACUAGUAGCCCUGAUUCAUUAUCUUCAGACAGGAAGAAGUAACUAACUACCUCAUUUUCACUGCACAUGGGAAACAGAGCAGAGCAGUCGGAAGGGAGGUAGGGAAGUGAGGGACUGUGGCUUAGUCUGAUGGUUAAGAGCGUUUACUCUAGUUCAGCAAUCUAAUCAUAAAGAUACUUUUCACACACGAGCUGAAGCUGUGCAUCUUUCCAGUUUUUAUACAGAAAUGGCAUCAUUCAGUAGCAACAAAAGUGUGCCUUAGAUGUUUUAAGGAGACUUAAGGCUGUCUUCCCAAAUUGAAUAAUUUUUGAAUGUAGCAUCAUCAUGGAUAAUUAACACAGCGAGUCCCAAAAACAGAAGUCAAGUGACUAUGUAUGUAUGUGGGAGGAGUUUUGAGAGCACGAUAGUCUGUGAAAGUCAAGUCCUACUCUUCCCUUUACUAUACUAAGUCAUGACCGUUGGAAAGGAUGCAUUGUUUGACUGGCAGCGUGAGAAAGCACUGACAGAUGGUUGUGUUUACAUCAUUUGCAUAGCUCUGUUACAUCCUGUAUGUACAUACGUUGUACAUUGACACGUUUUGUUUUCAAAAUCAUCUUAAUUAUUGCUGCUUUUUAGUGCAGUCCUUGAAACUACUACUGACCUUUGACUCUAUUGCCCAUUAUCUCUAGAUAACAAUGUGUCCCAAAUUGCAGCCUAUUCUCUAUUUUUGACCAAGUAGUGCACAAUAUAGGGAAUAUGGUCCCAUUUGGGACACAGACAAUGUCUAGAGGAGUAUUAAUUGUAUUUUGUAUGUUUAGGCCUAUUCUGGAGUUUAAAAACUGAGAUGUAGACCCUGUCUUUCUGUAGAAUUAAUGACAGCAUUUCCCUUUUAAAGCGCUGUGUUCAAUUUCGGCCCUACACAGUAUCUGCUGUUCUGAUUUCAAUCAGGUGGGGCUUGAUAGAAUUACAAUUACAAACUUGCAUUCGAUUAAAUCAGUGGUUAUUUAUUGUUUAACAGAUGUUAUCAAAGCAAAAUACUAAUGUUCCUUGUUUUUGCAUCAAUCAUCAAUAUUCUGAUAUUGUCUUCCCAUCCUGCCCUCUCAUUAACACUUCAAUGCUUACAGCAAGAUAAAUGGCCAGCAUGCAUAUCAUUUGAAUGUAUUUACUUUGUAUGUACAGUUUCCUUUAGUGUUCAAUGGGUUGGUCUGAAAAUACCACUGAGUUCUUAAGAAUGAAUGACCUGUCAGUCUUUCCUCUUGCUUGUUGUAAGGUUUUGGUUAUGCUAUAAAACUGAGCGUUAUAAGAAACAAUAUAUUUAGAACAUUAAAGAAAGCACUAAUGAAACACUGUUUUUGAUGAAAUAUUGGAGAGUGGUUUGGACCACCAUGCUUUUGCCUAUAAUUUACUCAAUCUGGGCCAUUUAGUUAUUUGAAAUGUUUUGUUACUAUGCUGUAAAAUAAAUAAGUUGGGGCACACUGGAAAACAACAUUUCUAUUGGAGUGCAAAUUUAUAAGGGCUGUACAUGGAACCACAAAAGAACAAUUCGUUAUGUUUAUUUUAUCACAAAUAGGAAAACUAUGAAUAGAGUACACUCUGGUACCAUGGCUUUUAGUUUAUUUUUGUUCCUCCAAGAAGGCUGCUUUGUAAGUAAUCAUAUUUAGAGUUUCCCAACUUGGAUGUCAGCACUGCACAUGAAAUGUUGUCCUGUUUGAGAUUACAUUCGACAUUAUUGUCAUGCUUCAUUUAAACCUUUAUUCUUUGUGCUUAAUUUGUAGGUCUUCUGUUAGUUAUUGACAAUAAUUUGAAAAAUUCUGUGAUAUCACACUAAAAGGACCAUUAUCACCUUGGUCUUUUACUGGGAAAUUGUGCAGAAAUGUUUUGUAAUUAAACUUUUUUGCCUUUUGAAAAUAUGUAAAUCCUUUGAGAUGCAAUGUACAGAGGCGUAUAAAGACUGAUUGGGAAUCAAUUUAGGUUUUCUUUUCUUCUAAGUUACAUUUUUCCAAAGAGGCUGUUUUGUAGCUUGGCCACUGUAGAUGAAGAUGAAUUGUGAAAAUGUUAAACUGGUUCAACGGUACAUUUCUGCCAUCUAGACCAGAGCUUUGCAGUGUAAAAUGUUUGACGCAAUAAACUUUGGGGAAAAUGUG